UAUAAAUAUAAAGAAUGAAGAAAGCGACAGGUGCAAGCCAACCCACUUUGAAAAACAUCCAUUUGAAUCGAUUCAAAACUAGUCUCCCGAAUUAAACAAGCCUUCAAAAUUCAAUGGCACCCGAAACUUCUCAGUUCGAAUCGUGUGAGAUGCUGGGCGCGUUUCUAGCCUCGAUCCCACUCGUGGAGGAGACAUGGCGCCUGUGCUGCCGUGCGAACGCCGAGAGCUUUGCUAUAAAAGCAGUGGGGAGGGUGUCGUACGUGGCGUUUUCGGGCGUGCAAGCGGUGGCGCGGUCCCAAGAUAUGGUGGAGUUGGAUCAGAAUGUUUUCGGCCCGUUUAGUCGUUGUUUGGAAGGCAAAGGGAAAAUCAUGGUUGAUGCAGCCCUGCUCCAACUUUUCCUCUCCUUUUAUGUCCGCCCUGAUUUUAAUCAAAAGAUGUUGGAAGUGUUGAAGCAAAGCAAAUCAGUGGUGUUUGGUGGUCACUCCCUCGGUGGCCCUAUCGCUUCUCUCUCGGCCCUUUGGCUCCUCACCCACAUCCGAACCGCCUCCCUGGCGCAUCCCAUAUCCGUAUUCUGCAUCACCUUCGGCUCCCCUAUGCUCGGCAAUGGCCCAUUCUCUCAAGCCAUCAUCCAAGAACGAUGGGAUGGCAAUUUUUGCCACGUCGUGGCACCACACGACCUAGUUCCGAGGCUAGUCUCCAUGAUCAAGUUAGCCGAUGGGGAGAAAACUCGAUUAAGACUAGAUAAUGAUCAAGAUCAAGAUCAAGAGAGAUGUUCUAGUUAUAGUCCUUUUGGAAACUACAUGUUUUGUAGUGACAAAGGAGCAGUGUGCUUGGACAAUGCAACGACUAUCACUAGAUUUCUCUAUUCGACAAUGGCGGCCACCACGUCUUCGCCUGCUUCGGGCGUGGAAGAUCAUCGCAAGUACGAGGAUUAUGUCGGGAUGUUGUCUUAUCAAUACUUGAAGAUGAGAUGCUCGAGCGCCACAACUCACUGUGGCUCCAACAGCGAAGCAGGGAUCGCCUUUGCAUUGCAAACAUUAGGCAUAUCUUCACAUCAGGAACCAACCUACAGGGCAGCAACGACGUGGCUGGCAACUGCAAGACGGCUGGGAUGGCCGCGAAGCCUGAACAACGCGAAGAUGGCGGUUUCACUAGCUAAGAUCAACCCCUUCAGAGCGGAGCUCGAGUGGUACAAGAAAAUCUGCGACGACCAGUUAGGAUACUACGACUCUUUCAAGACACGAGGCGCUUCCAGAAGAGAAUUCAAAGUGAACAUGAACCGGCUGCGCCUCGGGCGCUUCUGGGACCAGCUGAUCGAGCAGAUGGAGAGCAACCAGCUCACCCGCGACUUCCACAAGCUCCCCAAGUACGUCAACGCCUCCAACUUCUACAAGCUCCUCGUCGAGCCCCUGGAGAUCGCGGAGUAUUACAGGACGGGGAAGCACAGGGAGAAGGGGCACUACGUGGAGCACGGGAGGCAGAAGAGAUUCAAGAUAUUCGACAAGUGGUGGGGCGAUAAAGAAGAAACAACAACAACAACGACGACAACCACAAGAAGCAAGUACGCGUAUCUGACACAGGACUCGUGCUUCUGGGCGAGGGUGGAGGAGGCCAUAUGCUUGAUAUACGACGUCGUUGGGGAGAGGGAUGCAGGCAGGCGGGGGAUGUUGUUGGAUAAGAUCGACAAGUUUGAGAGGUACGCGAGGGGGAUGGUGGAGAGGAUGGAGGUUUCUGUGGAUGUUUUGCUAAAAAAUUCGAGCUACAACUUGUUUAGAGAUGAAUGGAGAGAGCUUAGAGCUCAGUUGCAGACGUCGCCGUCUCAUUUUCAUCAGUUUCAGGAUGGCAUGGUUCAGUAAGAUAUAUUCAUUUUCACCAAUACUACAAAAUAUUGGCCAACUCAAUUCAACUACUUGUUUAAUGUAACUUAACUGGUAGUAUUACAUACACUCAAGUAUCUAGAAAUUUUAAUUUAGAGCGUGAUAAAUAAGAGAAAUUUCAGAAUUUGGUUUCGAAA